AUGCCUGCCUCUCGGACUUCCGCCCGCCCGUCGAGGAUCGAAGCCCAACGCGAACAAGGACAGGGCUCCGCAUCGCAACAGCGCCCUCGUUGUCUCAACAGGGGAGACGAGUAUCUGAUGGAACUCGUGCCAGGGUACAAGCCUAAAGCCGAUGAAGAAUUCAAAGAAUUCUUGAGGGGCUUGGGGGGCGACAAGGCCACCGACGACAACAUGCACGAAUACAUCGAAGGAUUCAACGCUGCCGCGAAGCCACAGCCUGACGACAGGAACGUAUACAUUGUGUCGAUCCCGAACUCCGACCUCGUCAUCCGUAUUUGGGACGGAGGCAUGAGUGGGUACAGGGCGUUUUGUCUCGAUUUCUUCGACACACGUCGACGCACCCCCGUCAACCUUCCCCCAGGCUUCUCGCUCUGGCCAAGUGUGGCUAAUGCCCCGAGCGUGUUCACGAUGGGAGGUCGACUCAGUUCAUGGGAGAAUGCGUUCGGCAAGCGAGGCAGGCAAAUCCCCUUAGGAACGGAGAAAUGGAGUGUUCCGGAGGGAUCGUACAUCACCCUCAAGAGGCGCAACCACCCAGAGUUCACCUUCGCCAUCCCGGUGAGGCAGACACAGUAUCAUGAAGCGAUUGUGCAGCCCGUGCUUGGCGCCGAUUAUUAG